UCCCUCUCAUAGUCAAAGGAAGGAUUGAUUCCUUUGGGAAGAGACACAAAUCACUUCAAUUUGAUCAAGAGCGCUAAGGAUACAGCCUCCUCUUGAUGACUUAGCCACUUCUGAGUUUCUUUUUUGUCCUGACAAAGAAAAACCGGGGGGGAAAAAAAAGAAGACAAGAGGAGAAAAGUUGUUAGGUCAUGAUGACAUUUGAUAUGAGAUCUGCUUGAUCGCGCCAGCUGCUCCCAGGAAACAUUAUCAGCGGCACAGAAAAAAAGACGUCUUGCUUUUUGUUUCCACUUCGCGUCUGGGUGACACCGGGAUCCGUCCUGGUUUCCAAACUCCUUCCCAUCUCUCUCUCUUUCUUUCUCAAGCGCGAGCGCGCGCGCUCUAUCUCUCUCUCUCUCUCUUUUACGCACGGGAGGUGGGCACCUGAGAAACACUACCAACGGGAAGAGAGCGCGAGAGAUCCCGGUUUCAUGUUUGGGAUUCAGGAGAGCAUCCAAAGGAGUGGGAGUAUUUUGAAAGAGGAGCCCAUCGGAGCCGGCAUGAACGCAGUCCGAACAUGGAUGCAAGGCGCCGGGGUGCUGGAUGCGAACACGGCCGCGCAGAGUGGAGUGGGACUGGCCCGGGCGCACUUCGAGAAACAGCCGCCCUCAAACCUCCGCAAAUCCAACUUCUUCCACUUCGUUUUAGCCCUUUAUGACCGACAAGGACAGCCGGUGGAAAUUGAGAGAACCUCUUUUGUAGGAUUUGUGGAAAAAGAGAAGGAGACCACAGGAGAAAAGACAAACAAUGGCAUACAUUACAGACUGCAACUUCUCUACAGCAACGGCAUCAGAACAGAGCAGGAUUUUUAUGUAAGACUAAUUGACUCCAUGACAAAACAGGCCAUCAUAUAUGAAGGUCAGGACAAGAAUCCGGAGAUGUGCCGUGUGCUCCUGACUCAUGAAAUCAUGUGCAGCCGCUGUUGUGACAAAAAGAGUUGCGGGAACCGCAACGAGACACCCUCGGAUCCCGUCAUCAUCGACAGAUUCUUUCUCAAGUUUUUCCUGAAAUGUAAUCAGAACUGCUUGAAGAAUGCAGGAAAUCCACGAGACAUGCGGCGCUUUCAGGUGGUUGUGUCGACGACAGUGAGCGUAGAAGGACACGUUCUGGCUGUUUCGGACAAUAUGUUCGUGCACAACAACUCCAAACAUGGCAGAAGAGCUCGGCGACUGGACCCGUCGGAGGGAACGCCGUCAUAUCUGGAGCACGCUGCACCUUGUAUCAAAGCCAUCAGUCCCAGUGAAGGCUGGACAACAGGAGGUGCUACUGUCAUCAUCAUCGGAGACAACUUCUUUGACGGGCUGCAGGUCAUCUUCGGCACCAUGUUAGUCUGGAGCGAGCUCAUCACGCCUCAUGCCAUCAGAGUUCAGACCCCUCCGCGUCACAUCCCCGGGGUCGUAGAGGUCACGCUCUCCUAUAAGUCCAAACAGUUUUGCAAAGGCACACCAGGAAGAUUCAUCUACACAGCUCUGAAUGAACCCACCAUAGACUACGGUUUUCAGCGGUUACAGAAGGUGAUACCUCGGCAUCCAGGAGACCCCGAACGCUUGCCAAAGGAAGUGAUUUUGAAGAGAGCAGCAGAUCUAGUGGAAGCACUUUAUGGAAUGCCUCAUAACAACCAGGAAAUCAUUUUAAAGCGAGCAGCAGACAUCGCCGAAGCCCUGUACAAUGUGCCACGAAACCACAACCAGCUGACCGGCCUCACCAACAGCUCGGUCCACGCAAGCAUGAUGGGAGUGAACUCCUUCACCGGACAGCUCGCCGUUAACGUCUCAGAGUCGUCUCAGGGUGGAAACCAGGGUUUCAGUCGCAACACGAGUAGCGUAUCACCGCACGGAUAUGUCCCCAGCUCCACCCCUCAGCAGAGCAGUUACAGUACGGUAUCCACCAGCAUGAACGGCUACGGAAACAGCGGCAUGACCAACCUGACCGGCUCCCCGAGCUUCCUGAACGGCUCUGCCGCCAACUCGCCCUACGCAAUCGUCCCGUCCAGCCCCACCAUGGCCUCCUCCACCAGCCUGCCCUCAAACUGCAGCAGCUCCUCUGGAAUCUUCUCCUUCUCUCCGGCAAACAUGGUUUCAGCUGUGAAACAGAAGAGCGCGUUCGCUCCUGUCGUUCGGCCCCAGUCCUCACCUCCACCUACAUGCACUAGCACCAAUGGGAACGGUCUCCAAGAUCAGUCUUUUGUCGACUCUAACAAGUACUCCACAGCCAGCGCGCUCCAGGGCCUGGCCUUCUCCUGAAUUAUCCCUGGAAUGAUCGUUCCUCCGAUGUAGGGUGCGUGCUUGUGUGUGUGUGCGCGCGCGUGCGUGUGUGUGUGUGUGUGUGCAGACGGAAAGACGAAACACGCUCUUUCAUGCCACUGGUCUCACUGAGCGUGUGCAGAAUACUCCGGCGCUGGACCGACCUCCUGGUCCUGUUCUGAUGAUGAAAAACUACAAACUCAGGCCCUUUUUAAACACAAUCUGCUUUGAAACAAAAAGAUAUAGAGGAAGAACGAUACGAGAAAAAUAUCGAACUGAACUGUUGUACCUCCCUGUUUUGAUGUUGAAAUUUGUACUCACCUUCUAGACACUUUUUAAGAUAAGGGGCGACAGCACAGAUGAUGCUCGCCCGCCCCGUCUACACUAUAACAUGAGAGGUCUAUUUAUUUUAAAAACGUAGUUAUUGAUUUGCCAUCAUAUUUGUGUGUUUCUGUGUGUACCACCCUUUUAUGAAAUGAUACCUAACACAAUAUUGCAGUGGUUUCUAUUUAUGACUUUAGAUGAAGGAAUGCAGGUGAUUUUCUUUCUUUUUUUCUUUUUUUUUUUGAGCAGUAAUGUCCCACUGAAUUUGUGAAACUGCAUUUAAAUUUGAAAAACUGAAGUCGAUCGGUCUACAAAAUGCCAGCAACGUAAACUGCAGCUGUGAAAAAUGUAUGCCUUUUUUUGCCGUGGUUAAAAACCAACUUCUGCUCCUUCGCGAAUCACGUUUCGUCACUGUCUUGAUUCUCGCAUUCAUAUUUCAUUUUGUGACAUUAUGCUGCCUUCAAGUCUUUCUGGGAUGUUUAGAAUCGAAAAACCUUUUUAAGAGACUUUGGUUGGGGGGAAAAAAACGGGCAUGUCUGGCGAUUUCAUAUUGCUCUCUUUUAAAACUUAAUGGUAAGCUUCUUAGCACCGAUGUGGCAAAAUUGAAGGGAUAGUUCUUCCGCAAAAAUUCAUUCAUGUUGUUACAAACCUGUUUAGUUACCAACUUUCUUUAAAGGUGUGAAUGAUUGAAUUUUCAUUUUUGGGUGUACUGUCAGUUUAAGGGCGCCUGAUGCUGAUAGUAGUUUAUAAACGUACAUAAAAAGUACCUUAAAAAGUACACAAAAUUUCCACAAUUGACUAUGAAGAUGACGGAUAUUGCGUUGGUAAAUCCGACAUGACUUGAAGGCAACAUAUCACAUUCCGUGCUCAUCUCUACCCAGUUGUAUCAUUAUGUAAUGCCAAAAUGUAUAGACCAAACACUACCCAUAGUAACUCAAAAGUGUCAAGCGCUCAUUACACGCAGAGACAAGGCCAUCAAAAAGCCCAAAAAUCAAUCGCUGCCUUCUUUUUUAUAACUACUCUCGAUGAAUGAUUCGCAGUGUCAAAAUUGCUAAUUAUUAUUUAAUGACUUCUUCCUUUUAUUUGCGUUGUAGGCAAAAACUGUGAUACCUUUUUUUACGCUUUAGCUCGCGGUGGACUUCCUCCAGCAGGUGAUGGUCGGACCGAGGAAGAUAAAGUAUCGAAGCCGUUUCGUUUUUCUUGCAGUUCGGUGGUUCUCGACCGGUUUUACCUUCGGGUUUUCCGUGAAACGAUCGCGCAAACGUAACGUAAUGUUAUUGAAACCGACACUGAAAUGCUUUCAAAUCACUAUGCACAUCAUUGCAAUUCAUUUUUUUGAUUUGCCAUUGUUUUUACUGCCCAUUUUUAGGCCCCCGUCCCCACCGGUUGAGAACUACGUUUGUCGAUCGGUGUAUGUUUUAGGAGACGAGGGGUUUGGAUGUAUUGGUUAUGGCAUAGUGAGCACUGUGAAAUCUCCGUACCCUUCUCACGAAUGAUCCGAGAUCUAGAUGAAGCCAUCGCAUCGGAUUCUAGCGCGUAUGCUUUGUACAGACUGAUAAAUAUGUUCGAUUUUAUAAUUCUCUUUUAUUUUGCCAAAGUCAUUGUUUUAAAUAUAUUUAUACAUCAGAAUGGAGUCAUAAGGCAGCUUUAUACAACCUAGUGUCACUGAUAUAAUGUUUACGACAGCUUAGCAGAUCUCAUUGACUUUAGCUCUGAGGUUUCGACGAUCACGAAGGGAUAUGUGUAGGAUAUCCGUAUGAAUAUCGUAUGUAUGUAUCGCUCGAAAUUGUACAUGCUUCAAACUGUUUCGCUCGUCGUUCGGCGAUGAUCUGUUUUUAUUUCGUCGUCUGCCAAGUUGCGUCCGUAAAUGUGAUUUUUGGAAUUUUAUUUGUAUAGUCAUUUUUUGUACGUCGAAGAACAACUUUUUCCCUUCUUUUUUUUUUUUUUUUUUUUUUUUUUUUGGGUCAUUCGCACAGAGCGGAUUGGAUUUCUAUCCUAUGAAAAUGUGUUAUACCAUUUUGUUACAUGUUUUCUGUCAGAUGGCAAGAUUUGUUAAAUAGUUAGUAUUUUACUGCAAUGAAGUUUGAGAGUAUAUUCAACGUGUAAACAAUAUAAUCUUUUCGUUUUGCUUUUCUGGAACUUGCAGAGAAAAGGAUAGUUAUUGUUUUCAUGCUCGGCAAAUAUACAGUAAUAUGAAUAUUUUCUCUCCAGAACAGCUUUUUUUAAUUUUUUUUCCUUUGUUUCCCUUGUCAAUUUUUUUUUUUUUUUACCAACAAUCAAAUGUCUUAAUGCAGAUUUCUCUUUUUUACGUUAUUUAUUUAUUUUUAAAAAAAUUAUUUAGAUAGUUUGGUUAGAUAAAAAUAUAAAUUAACAAGUUAAACUAUGGAGUAACAGCACAAGAGUCUAUACAGUUAUUCGCUCAUUCAUUUCAUUCCAUGGCGCUCCUCUCCACUGUCACGUCUUAAAGAGUUUCGUCCUUUUUUUUUUGUUCCUGUGCGUCACAUCACAAAACUUUGUGUUUUUUUUUUACAUCCAAGUCACUUCAUGUGGCUCAUUUCUUUCGUGGCUAUCAUGAAUAAUGGAAAACAUUGUUUAAAUCCGCAUUAUUAUUUGAUGGCUGCUUGAUUUAUUGAUUAAUAUGCAUCUAAAUCGACAAGUCAUCUGCUAUUAUUUGUCCUGUUAAUUGCAUACUUGUUGUAGACUGGACUUUCAGUGGGCAGUUGUUACUGGUGAAAAAUAUAAAAAGAAACUACUGUAAAGAUGAUCAUUUUUUAAAUUACCUUUGAACUGUAAAAUAACUUUUUGACUUUCACAAUAUUUAAUUAAAGUUUCCUCUUGUCUGUGA